AUGGGUCGGGUACGGAGAUCUCGUACACAUCAUGCACAACGUGACGUGCAUCGAGCAUCCCGCACAAGGGCUCGCACAAAAGAUCUCGAUCAAAUUCAGCUCAUCGAUCUAGACCCGAAGAACCGAGCUGCUCUUGAAGCACAGCCCAUUGAUCUCGAGAAACCUGGUCUUGCCCAGCAUUACUGCGUCGAAUGUGCAAAAUACUUCGAGACUGAUUCUGCGCUCCUGUCACAUUGGAGGGGGAAAGUACAUAAACGACGAUGCAAAGUUUUGAAGCAACCUGCAUAUACGAUAGAAGAAGCAGAAAGAGCUGCCGGACUUGGGCGAGAAGGGAAAAGAACGCCAAUUUCUGCACAAGCCAUGCCGAUAGAUACUUAG